CUACAGCAAGGCUACGGAGUGGAGGAGUACCGCGACCACAGCAGCGGGUUGCCCGUCAAACAUGGUGAAGCUGGAUGUGACUUGCAUGCGCCAUCUGUCGAAGCACGACAUCAGGGUGCUCACGGCCGUGGAGAUGGGGAUGAAGAACCACGACCUUGUGCCCGUGGAGCUGAUCUCGAGCAUCGCCAAGCUCCGGCACGGCGGAACGCACAGAAUACUGUCCACUCUCCUCACCUUCAAGCUCAUCGCUCACGACCGCUCCUCUUAUGACGGGUACCGACUGACGUACUCGGGCUACGACAUCCUGGCCCUGAAUGUGCUCCAGGCCAGGGGUCACAUCUGCGCCGUCGGCAGCAAGAUCGGCAUGGGGAAGGAGGCCGACAUCUACAUGGCGCAGACCCCCGACGGGGACCAGGUGGUGCUCAAGCUGCACCGCCUGGGGAGGACGUCGUUCAAGGCCGUCAAGAACAAGCGCGACUACCUCAAGAGCCGGACGUCGGUGUCCUGGCUGUACAUGUCGCGGCUCUCCGCGCUGAAGGAGUUCGCCUUCAUGACGGCCCUGUUCCAGCACGGGUUCCCGACGCCCACGCCGCUCGAUCACAACAGGCACGUUGUUCUCAUGAGCCAUGCGAAGGGGUACCCCAUGUAUCAGCUGAGGAGCGGCGAGAUGGGGCACCCGGACGUGGUCUACCGGCAGUGCGUGGAGAUGAUCGUCCGCCUGGCCCGGCACGGCCUCAUCCACUGCGACUUCAACGAGUUUAACCUUCUCGUCGACGAGGAGGAGACGCUCACUCUCAUCGACUUCCCGCAGAUGGUGUCGACUCGCCACGCCAACGCCGGAGAGAUGUUCGAUCGGGACGUUGCUUGCGUGGUGAAGUUCUUCUCGAUGAAGAUGAAGCACGUGCCGGAGCCGAGCGACAUCCCUUCCUUCGCGGACGCUGUUGGUGGGGCGGGCCGCGAGGGUGUGGAGCAUCACCUGGACGUGGUCGCACAGGCAUCUGGUUUCUCGGAGAAGGAGGCCCACGACCUGGACGCGUUCGUUGCCACCGAAGGCUGGGGAGGGGGCGACGCAGAUGGCGAUGAGGAGGAGGAGGUGGACGGGGGAGAGGAAAAGAGAUUAAACAGCGACGGUGAAGUCGACGAAGAAACCAAAGGAUCAAAAGCGAGAAAGGCAAGAGGGGGAAGGGAAGGCGGUGGGGUCGAGAGCGAACAGGAGGAGGAGGAGGAGGGGGACGAUGCGGCCGAGUGCAGCAGUGGCAGCUGUGGCGAGGAGGGCGAGGGCGAAGGCGUGCGAAUACGACGAGUGAAGGCGCCGGAAACGGUCACGAAGCGCGCGCACGCGGCCGUUCAGCGGCAGCGGAGGGCGGCUGGGGCGGGCGGCGGCGCGGGGAAGCCCACGCGAAAUCACCAGAAGAAGAGGGAGAAGGGGAAGAUGCUGUACAAGCACCGGGACUUUUGAGAGAGCGAUGCUGUUUGUUUGUUUAUUUGGGUCAGCAUGGGGCCGGCGACAACCCGGCAUAUCGCUCCGUCCCGGCGAUGUAGGGAUGCUAGGUCAAUAGCCUGACGACCACGGCAUGCGUUUACAUGAUAAGCACACACCUCCGUUGGCCAAAGGAUCAACACGGAUGUCCUCCUGUGUCUAAGUGAGUCGCACAGCUGUCCUCCUGAUAACCCGUUGCAAUUGUUUAUAUCCCCCCCCCCGAGAGAGACGUCAAGCGGCAAUAUGUCGGCCAUUCCUGGGCGCCAUUGCUGAUCGUUGUGUCGUGGAUACACCUUGACCGACUGGGCGUGUUCUUUUGAGUCUUUACCCCCGAGCCUUGUCGAGUUGAUCAGCACAGGGCCACAGUGACGGCCGGCCGGGCCUUCCUCAAGUUUCAUUGGCGGGAGUCCGUUGUGCGCCCUUGCUGUUUUUGUUUGUUUCGAUGUCGCCUAUGAUCUUCUCGGAGAGAAAGAAAUGUGUUUGUGCAUAUGAGCACGUCCGCGACGAGAACGGUCUGGU